AUGCGUAUCCUGGUGACGCUGCUGUUGGACACAUUACCCAUGCUGGGGAACGUCCUCCUCCUCUGCUUCUUCGUCUUCUUCAUCUUUGGCAUCGUGGGAGUCCAGCUGUGGGCGGGGCUUCUGCGCAACCGUUGCUUCCUGGGCGAGGACAUCAGAACAAUGUACAACCUGUCCAUUAGUCCGUACUACAUGCCCGAGGACGGCGAAGAGAGCCCCUUCAUCUGCUCGGCCCCCCGCGAGAACGGGAUGCUGCGCUGCCACGACGUGCCCACCUACAGCGAGGGCGGAGCCGAGUGCUCGCUGGACGCUCCCCCGCGGGGCCCGGCCCCGGUCGGCCCGCCGCCCGCGGCGGGCAGGGCCGCCGGGGAACAGCUGCGUGAACUGGAAUCAGUGGGCUCUUUCUUCAUGAUCAACCUGUGCCUGGUGGUCAUCGCCACCCAGUUCUCGGAGACCAAGCAGAGGGAGAACGCCCUGAUGAGGGAGCAGCGGGCGCGCUACAUGUCCAACGACUCGACGCUGGCCAGCUACAGCGAGCCGGGCUCGUGCUACGAGGAGAUGCUGCGCUACGUUAGCCACCUCUAUCGCAAGCUAACGCGCAGGCUGCAGAGGAUAUACUCUGGCUGGCACAGCAAACGGCGUAAAAAGGUGAACCCUAACGGCAGCGGUGGAGGGGGUAACGGAGGAGGUAACGGCCACGGUUUCAGCCGGGGCUGCGGCCCUGGCAGCGCCCCCUGGCUGAGGCCCAUCCACAACCUGCUGCAGCACCACCAGCACCACCACUGUUGCCUCAGCAACGGGGGACAGCACACCGUUACCGAGGGGACCGAGGAGCCCGGGAGCAGGGAAGGGGUCUGCAGGGGCGAGGAGCUGGAGAUGAGGUCGCUUCCCGUCCGGGGAGGGAGCGGGAACGGAAACAGCGGCGGCAGCCCGCCCGUGGUCACGCAGGGAAUGGGGGCGUUGCUGGGUCGGCUGAACGGAGGGAUGAACUACCCGACCAUCCUCCCGUCGUUUGUGUGCAGCUACAGCAGCAAGACCCCCCCGCCCCACUCCCAACACUGCGGACCCAGUCCCACCCGAGAACAACAUACGGCCUCUGAACACACCGAGACGCUGAGCAAGCUUCACCAGCUCAUGGGACAGCACAGUCGCCAGAGGUUGCUGUACCAGCUGGCAGGCGUGGUGCCCAGUCCUCUGUUGCUGGAGCUGCUCAGCUGCCCGCUGUGUGCCCGGAGCCUGGAAAACCUGGAGAUGGAGUUUGGAGACCUGGAAGGGACCAGGGGAGAGGUGGACGGGGUCUACGACUUCCUUCAGGGAGGGGAACUGCGAGGUGGGCGUGGCCGAACCAGGCGGCGGGCGCCGGCGGGGCAGAGGAACAGGCUGGUGCGGGUCUGGGUGGAUUUCAGGGAUAAACUGAAGAGGAUCGUGGACAGUAAAUACUUCAACCGCGGCAUCAUGAUCGCUAUCCUGGUCAACACGCUCAGCAUGGGGAUCGAGUACCACGAGCAGCCUGAGGAGUUGACAGACGUGCUGGAGAUCAGCAACAUCGUCUUCACCAGCAUGUUUGUCCUGGAGAUGGUCUUCAAACUGCUGGCCUUCGGCUUCUUCGGCUACAUUAAGAACCCCUACAACAUCUUUGACAGCAUCAUCGUCAUCAUCAGUGUGUGGGAGAUCAUCGGGCAGGCGGAUGGCGGGCUGUCGGUUCUGCGCACGUUUCGUCUCCUGCGGGUCUUGAAGCUGGUGAGGUUCCUCCCCGCCCUGAGAAGACAGCUGGUGGUGCUAAUGAAGACCAUGGACAAUGUGGCCACCUUCUGCAUGCUGCUGAUGCUCUUCAUCUUCACUUUCAGCAUCCUCGGCAUGCACCUGUUCGGCUGUAAAUUCAGCCUGCAGACGGAGAACGGCGACACCAUUCCUGACCGCAAGAACUUUGAUUCGCUUCUCUGGGCCAUCGUCACAGUGUUCCAGAUUCUGACCCAGGAGGACUGGAACGUGGUUUUGUAUAACGGCAUGGCCUCCACCUCCCCGCUGGCUGCGCUCUACUUUGUGGCCCUCAUGACAUUUGGCAACUACGUCCUGUUUAACCUGCUGGUGGCCAUCUUGGUUGAGGGCUUCCAGGCGGAGGGGGACGCCAAUCGGUCGGAGUCAGACGAUGAAAAGAAAUCGGACAACUUUGAGGAGGAUGAGAAGGUGGAGCAGCUGAGGGACACAGAACUUAAAAUGUACUCCCUGAUGAUGACGGCCAACGGCCACAUCGACCCCCGCGGCACACUGGCUCCUCCCAUAAUCAUGCGGACAGCUGCCACGCCCAUGCCCACCCCGAAGAGCUCACUGGGCCCCGAGUCCAUACUGGGGGAGGAGCUUAUCCACGGAGAGGCGGGGUCUAGGUUCAGCGAGACGUCGUUAGGGUAUACCGAGGCAGUCGUUGGUCAGGGGGAGUCUCGUCGUGGAAGCGCCGCCUCUGUGGAGCCCUCGGCCUAUGAUCAGCGAUCCCUGAGCCAGUCGAGUCCCGGCCGGCGUUCCCCCCUGCUGCCCCGCAGCUCCGGCAGCUCGUGGGGGAGCCGGCGCUCCAGCUGGAACAGCCUGGGCCGCGCGCCCAGCCUGAAGCGUCGCGAUGCCAGCGGGGAGCGAGAGAGCCUGCUGUCUGGGGAGGGGGGAGAGGGCGAGGACGACGGGGAGGCCGAAGGAGGUGGAGGAGCAGGCGGAGGCACGUGCAAACUUCGGCCGGGGUCCUUGGAGCUCCUGCAGGUGUCCACGCUGUGCCCGUCGAUAAUAGCUGAAUACGGGGACUGUAACGGCAGGCCCCUGACCUAUGACCCCAAUGUGACCUCUGACCCCAAGGACGAUUCCUCCCCUGAGGACGAAAUGGAGGAUGAUAAUUCUUGGUGCUACAACUUCAAGAACGAGCUCCGUAACAAGAAACCCCGAUGGUGCCGAGAACACGAAGACUGGGCCCUCUACCUGUUCUCGCCUGAGAGCCAGUGGAUGUUCGACCACGUAGUCCUGGUUUUCAUCUUUCUCAACUGCAUCACCAUUGCUCUGGAGAGACCAGAUAUACAGCCUCACAGCACGGAGCGGGCGUUCCUGAGCGUGUCCAACUACAUCUUCACAGUUAUUUUUCUGGCAGAGAUGGCUGUUAAGGUUGUGGCUCUGGGUUUCUGCUGGGGUAAACAGAGCUACCUCCAGUCCAGCUGGAACGUUCUGGAUGGUCUGCUGGUGUUUGUGUCUCUAGUGGACAUCCUGGUCUCUCUGGCCUCUACGGGGGGAAACCGCAUCCUGGGGAUACUCAGGGUCCUACGGCUGCUACGCACACUACGGCCGCUCAGGGUGAUCAGUCGAGCCCCAGGUUUGAAGCUGGUCGUAGAGACUCUUAUCACCUCUCUCAGACCCAUCGGGAACAUCGUUCUCAUCUGCUGCGCCUUUUUCAUUAUUUUUGGCAUCCUGGGGGUGCAGCUUUUCAAAGGGAAGUUCUUCCACUGUGAGGGUCUGGAUACGAGGAACAUCACCAACAGAUCUGACUGCGUGCAGGCCAACUACCGCUGGAUACGACGGAAGUACAACUUUGACAACCUUGGACAGGCUUUGAUGUCGUUGUUUGUGCUGUCCUGUAAAGACGGAUGGGUCAACAUCAUGUAUGACGGGCUGGACGCAGUUGGAGUAGACCAACAGCCGGUGAGGAACCACAACCCCUGGAUGCUCCUGUUCUUCAUAUCCUUCCUCCUCAUCGUCAGCUUCUUCGUGCUCAACAUGUUCGUGGGCGUGGUGGUUGAGAACUUCCACAAGUGUCGGCAGGACCAGGAGGAGGAGGAGGCACGCCUGCGGGAAGAGAAGAGGCUCAAAAUGAUGGAGAAAAAGCGCAGGAGUAAGGAGAAUGAAGGGGCUGAGGCCCAGCAGAGGCCCUACUAUGCGGACUACUCCCCCGUGCGUCUGUCUAUUCACACGCUGUGCACCAGCCACUACCUGGACCUCUUCAUCACCAUCAUCAUCUGCAUCAACGUCGUCACCAUGAGCAUGGAGCACUACAACCAGCCGCAGUAUUUGGAGGAGGUUCUGAAGUACUGCAACUACGUGUUCACCGUCAUCUUCGUCAUCGAGGCUCUGCUGAAACUAGUGGCCUUCGGUCUGCACCGCUUCUUCAAAGACAGAUGGAACCAGCUGGACCUGGCUAUUGUGGCGUUGUCUAUUAUGGGAAUCACCUUGGAGGAACUGAAGAUGAAUGCGGCGCUUCCCAUCAAUCCCACUAUCAUUCGCAUUAUGAGAGUACUCAGGAUAGCCCGAGUGCUGAAACUGUUGAAGAUGGCCACGGGGAUGAGAUCUCUGCUGGACACCGUCAUGCAGGCGCUGCCUCAGGUGGGGAAUCUGGGCUUGCUCUUUAUGCUUCUGUUCUUCAUCUACGCAGCGCUGGGAGUGGAGCUCUUCGGCAAACUGGAGUGUAAUGACGACAACCCAUGUGAAGGUCUGAGUCGCCACGCCACAUUUGAGAACUUUGGGAUGGCCUUCCUCACGCUGUUCCGCGUGUCCACCGGAGACAACUGGAACGGCAUCAUGAAAGACACAUUACGAGAGUGUCGUCCAGAAGACCGCCACUGUCUCCCCUACCUGCCUCUGGUCUCUCCCAUCUAUUUUGUGACCUUUGUGCUCAUGGCACAGUUUGUGUUGGUCAACGUGGUGGUGGCCGUUUUGAUGAAACACCUGGAGGAAAGUAACAAGGAAGCUAAAGAGGACGCAGAGAUGGAUGCAGAGAUUGCCCUGGAGAUGGAGAUGGCGAGAAACCGCAGGAUGAGCAACGCUUCCAACCACAGCUCGGGGGGAGGGACGUAUGUUGGACCACGCCCACACUCACCUGGACAGGAGGAGGAGGCGCAGCACGCCGACCAGGACCUGCUGUCGCCGAGGAAGAUGUCCGUAUCCAGGAUGCACUCUCUGCCCAACGACAGCUACAUGUUCCGGCCCGUACGACCUGCCAGCGCCCCCUACCCUCUGGAGGAGGUGGACCUCAGUCCCCAGCACCAGCACUCAGGCUCCGUGACGUCGGUCCACUCCCAGCCGUGUGAGAGCCGUGUUCUGCUCCAGGUGCCCGGCGUCUCCUCGCUGCUCCCUCGCUCUCCUCCAUCGCUCACCUUGCCCCGCAUUGCUCCUCCCACACCCAGCCCCUCACCGCGGGCCCUGCGCAGACAGAACAGCCCUUACCACCACACCGGGACCAACAGUAGGCGUGGCAGUAGCUCAGGAGGGAGAGCGGGUGGUCUGGUAAAUGGAGGGUUGCCGGUUCAGUCCUCAAAUCCCCCGACAGGGGGCCACGGGAGCGCGUUCAGUCUGUUGGAGGCGGGGCUGAAGGACCGCGACUUCAGGGAGGGCUUCGGCGUCGACACGCAAGGCUUCCCCGACAAGCUGCCAGCGCCCCGUCACCAUGACGACCAUCGGCGCCACUCCAUUGAGAUCUGCAUCCCCGAGGCCGUAGUCACCGGGGGCCGCCAGGGGUUCAGCGAGGAGGAGGCGGCGGCGGCGCUGUCGGAGCGCGGCGGCUGUCGCGGGUUCCCCGUGCGGGUGCAGUCGGUCGGAGGGGGUCACGGGAAGAAGAAGAUGAGUCCUCCGUGCAUCUCCAUCCACCCGCCGCCGGACAGGGAGCAACCCAACGCGGCCCCGCCCCCGGAGCUGGCUGACUGUAGCAUGACACUGCGACGCAGGGCGCCACCUAGCGACCCGGCGCUGCACACGCACUCCAACACGCACACGCCCGACCCGGCGGCGGACGUGCCCGCGCGGACGCCGACGCACUCCCCCAUGCGAGCGAAGCUGCCGCCCGUUCGCACGCCGCUGUGUGCGCACUCGCCCACCCACGCGAGGGCGUCCGCUCAGCCGCGGGCGCCCGCGCACCCGCACGUGCCGAUGAGUCCGAACACGUCCGUGCGGCCGCGCGCGCCCGCCCCCGCGAACCCCUUGACUUUUCCGCAGGCGCACACCCUGCCCCCUGCCGCGAGGCACCCCUCCCUCGCCGGCGACUUCACGCCCCUCCCCCACUGCGCCUUCGAUCAGCCGGAGGCCAGGCGCGUGAGCGGCCUGUCGGCGGGCCUGUCGGACGCCGAGCCGGGACCUCGCCCCUCCCCUUUUGACAGCAGGCUGGAAGGCGGGGCGGGGCUCGGCUCAAAGACUCGGAGGACUGCCCAGUGA